CCCCAUCAGCUUCAAUUCCUCUUCUGCCCGUUACUUUUAAAUUUUCUUACAAAUGCCAUUACACUCUUUGAUCUCUAUCAAGAGCAGUUAAUGGCUGACUAUCUAGAUCAAUUUCGCAGUGCUGAGCUCACUACAGAUUUUGCUCUUAGUGAUCUUGAAAGAUAUUUGAACAGUCAAGGUUCAAAAUUAGCUGAUUUUGGCUUACCUCAACCUGAGCAGCACACAUCCUUGCUACAACUUGAGCAAGCCAGCAGCUCUAGUCAAUAUACUUAUCUUACUUCGAAAUACCAAGAGGACGAAUUAUCGCUUUCAAACGAACAACUCGAUAUAUACCAUACCAUUUUGGAGUCUUUCUAUACACCAUCAGUUGAGCGAAGACAGACUUGCUUUUUUAUUGAAGGCAAGGCUGGUUGUGGCAAGAGUUAUACAGCAAAUGUAUUGGUUAAUAGGCUUCGGAGUGAGGGAUAUAUUGUAUUAGUUGUAGGCUCGACUGCAUUGAGUGUUACUCAAUAUGACCGGGGACGAACUGCCCAUUCAGCUUUUGGUAUUCCAGUUACUGAGGUAAAGUCAUUAUUCACUUUACUUUUGUUCUUUUAUUACCUUUAUAUAAGGUGUUUAAUUUAUUAUUUAACUAUUAUAAAAAAUAUGAAAUAGUACUAUCAAGUUACCUAAACUGGAUUAUUGAGGCUAAUAUUCAAAUUGUUAACCUACAGAAUCAUAUGGAGUUACAGUCCAGAAUUGGGCCACAUUCAGACCAUGCACAGUUCCGACGAAAUGUCGAUAUCAUAUUUUGGGAGGAGUUACCAAUGUCAAAUUGAGCUGCUAUCGAAUGUACAAAUACUUUACUACAACUCUUAAUAGGUAGUACCAAGCCAUUUGGUGGAAAGAUUGUUAUAGGACUAGGGGACUUUCGCCCGCCGCCAAGUAGCUCCAGUAGUAAAGAAUGGUGGUCCAACAGUAUCUCUUGAUGCUUCAGUUCGAUCAUCAUGGCUUUGGAAACACUUUCAAAUCCUUCGUCUACAUCAACCAGUCCGCAAUGCUCAAGAUCCAACUUAUUCAGAAUGGGUUGAUUCAAUUGGUGAGGACUUCUCAAAUAGUGGUACAACCGAUUUGCCUUUGAUUAGUAGACUUGAUUCAUAUGACGAAAUCACAGACUUUCUUUUUCCUAACUCUAUACUUUUCAAUCCAUUUGAUGUUUGUCAGAGGUCCUUUUUGAGUCCUUUAAAUAUUUAUGUUGAUGAAUUUAAUCUUCAAAUGCUUGAUAAAAUU